AUGUCAAAACAGAGCCGCAGCAGCCCGCACAGAACUACUAAUGGAGACUUAACACGGUCGUUAAUUACACACGACAUGGAGGUAAUGGAGAAGGGGUGGCAGCAGGUGGAGGAGCAGGUAGAGAGGCUGCUAAGUGGUCAGGGGUCAGAGGUCACCGUCUGCGACGUGGGCCUGGAGCAGAGCAAACCGGCGACUCUGAGGAAGACAGUCUCCUACAUUGUCUGCGCCGUCAUCUUUAAUGAGAAGGAGGAGGUGCUGAUGGUGCAGGAGGCAAAGCCGGACUGUUAUAAGCAGUGGUACCUGCCUGCAGGGAGGGUGGAGGUGGGGGAGAGCCUGGAGGAGGCGCUGAGGAGGGAGGUGAAGGAGGAGGCGGGGUUUGACUGUGAGCCAAUCACCUUGCUGCUGAUCCAGGAGCAGGGACCGCAAUGGAUCCGGUUCAACUUCCUUGCUAAAGUAACAGGUGGGAGACUAAAAAGUCUGUCAGCAGCAGAUCAGGAGUCUCUUCAGGCCUACUGGUGGGACAGACAGUCUGUUCUCCCUCUGAGAGGACAAGACAUUCUCCGUCUCAUUGACUGCGGACUCAAAUACCACCAGGAUCCCUGGCAUCCUGUCACGUUACCUGUUGACCUGAGCUGCCGUCAUGUUGUGCAGAGACUUGUGCUGGUCUUCACCAAUGCUAAGGAACAGAUUUGGGUGCUGCUUAUCAAAGACCCGGUGCUCCACCUUCCCACGGCGGCGGCGGUAAAGACUCAUGCGGUGACGUGGGCAGCCAACAUGGUGGUGCAGGAAGCCUUGCCGUCAGCAUAUUAUGACCAAGAUGUCAACACGCUGGGCAUCUUCAGCCUGCAGCACAACGGGCGUCAGCACGGGAAGACAGACGGCGUGUGCUUCAACGCGCUGGUGGCGCUGGUGCCCGACCACGUCCAGCGCAAUGAGGACGGAGAAAAGGUAGAGUGGACGGGGACGGGACAGCCUCCAACUGUUGAAAACCCUCGAUACGUCUGGCACGAAGUCCAGAAACAAACACUGAAAGAGAAACUGCUGGAGAAGACCAAAAACACUUCCAUUUUACCCAUGCACAGCAUGUACUGACCACAUUAUAUCAUUGUACCAUUCACCAAGAGGACUCUUAAUGUGAAAAGAACACUGUUGACUCUUCUUAAGGGAGCUUUUAUUCUGAAAGUAUGUUUUAUUUAAUUUAUUGGUUGGAUUGAAGAGUUUUUAUGUAAACAGAACAAUAAAAUACUUAAGUUAUAU